AUGCAAGACUGUGUGAUAGCGGUACCUACUGACACUGUGUACGGUCUAGCAGGUGCUGUUCAGAGUGAAGAUGCUGUUGAAAAACUGUACAAAAUAAAACGUCGGGAUGCAGCGAAACCAAUUGCGAUCUGUGUUAGUUCUAUCAGCAAAAUGGAAAAGUGGGCGGACACAAGCAUUCUUCCUCCUGCCCUCUUACAGUGUAUUCUUCGAGGACCUUUUACAAUCGUCCUCAAAAGAUCAAAAACUUUUAAUGCUAAAUUUAAUACUGGAAUCCCGAACGUCGGUAUACGCAUUCCACAAGACAGAUUUAUAGUUGAAGUUGUAAAAAAGUUCGGAGAACGUAUUGCUCUUACUAGUGCAAAUAGCAGUGGAAAACAGAGUGCAACUGAAGUAGAAGAAUUCUCUCACUUGUGGCAAUAUGUAGAUGCAGUUUUUGAUGCUGGCAAAAAUCCACAAGAAAUCCGCACUGGCUCUACAGUUGUAGAUUUAAGUGGACACGGUAAUUUUAAAAUAAUCAGAGCAGGUUUAUUAUGUGAUGCCCUGAGGCCCCGUGACGAGGCGGCGGCAUCGGCGGCGUCCGGCUGCCGGCGGCGCAUAAUGGCGACCGCGCCAGGACGCGACAGGGGUGGGCCGCCGCCGCCACCGCUGCUGGGGCCACCCGGAAUUAAAAGUGUCCUGGGCCGGGCCGGGCCGGGCCGGGCCGGGCCGGGCCGGCGUCAUUAUUUUUAUGCUCUCGCCGUCUUAAUGACGCCGCCCGGAACGACCUCAGAGGGCGUGUCGCGCCACCUUGCUCACAGGAGGACACCGGCGGCCGCGGGCGAGGCGAAGCGGUGA